UUUGUUUCCAGUUGAAAUAUUCUCCAUAGAACGCAGGUGUACUCCACCGAAUGAUUGCUCGAAAGUAAAACACAAUAAAUAAAUUGAUAAAAAAAUAUCGGUGAAAGCAAAGUAUCGGUUCCCUCUUCUAUCUUCGAAUUAAUUCGAUCGUCUCAGCCAAAGUACUUGAGUGAAAGAAGCAGAAGAAAAUAUGCUGGGAAUUAUAAGGCAAAAAGCUUUUGGGCAGUCAUUGCAGAGGAUUCGUCCUGUGGCUUCAUCAUGGGGGGGUUACUCAUCCACUUCUAAACAGAUGAUGGUUAGAGAAGCACUGAACUCUGCUCUUGAUGAGGAAAUGUCAGCUGAUCCUAAAGUCUUGUUAAUGGGAGAAGAGGUUGGGGAAUAUCAGGGUGCAUAUAAGAUAUCUAAAGGGCUUUUGGAGAAGUACGGUCCUGAAAGGGUUCUUGAUACUCCGAUAACUGAGGCUGGGUUUACUGGCAUUGGAGUUGGUGCUGCUUUUUAUGGUCUCAAGCCAAUUGUUGAGUUCAUGACUUUUAACUUCUCUAUGCAGGCAAUUGACCAUAUCAUUAACUCUGCUGCAAAAACAAGUUACAUGUCUGCUGGCCAGAUAUCUGUGCCCAUAGUUUUCAGAGGACCAAAUGGUGCUGCUGCAGGAGUUGGUGCCCAACACUCUCAAUGUUAUGCUUCAUGGUAUGCCUCCUGUCCUGGGUUGAAAGUGUUGGCCCCUUAUUCAUCUGAGGAUGCUCGUGGACUGCUAAAAGCUGCCAUAAGGGACCCUGAUCCUGUUGUUUUCCUUGAAAAUGAGUUAUUAUAUGGUGAGUCAUUUCCUGUUUCAGCUGAAGUACUCGACUCCAGUUUUUGCCUUCCUAUAGGAAAAGCCAAGAUUGAGAGAGAAGGAAAGGAUGUGACUAUCACAGCCUUCUCAAAAAUGGUGGGCUAUGCUCUCAAGGCAGCUGAGAUACUUGCAAAGGAUGGAAUCAGUGCUGAGAUUAUAAAUUUGCGUUCAAUUAGGCCACUAGAUAGACCUGCAAUCAAUGCUUCAGUUCGGAAAACCAACAGACUGGUGACAGUUGAAGAAGGAUUCCCUCAGCAUGGUGUUGGAGCUGAAAUCUGUGCAUCUAUUAUUGAGGACAGCUUUGGUUAUCUUGAUGCACCAGUUGAGAGAAUUACUGGAGCUGAUGUUCCCAUGCCCUAUGCAGCUAAUCUGGAGAGAAUGGCUUUACCUCAGGUCGACGAUAUAGUUCGUGCAGCAAGGAGAGCUUGCUACAGAUCCGUACCAAUGGCUGCAGCUCAAUCAUAUUGAUCCAAUCUAGAAUUCUUGUUAAAUCCAAGUUAGUUUACUGCCAUCUGUGUGUGCCAAUGCCAACUGGUUUAUGCUGGGAAAAUGUUAUCUUUGGCAAGGGCUUUUUUCCCAUCUCUUUUUUGGUUUAUCUUCUCAUUUUCUUUUAUUUUCACUCUCUCUCUUUUUUGUCUUUAGAAGUUUAGUUUAAUGAGGUAAAUAGAUAUUAUAACUAAGAUUGGUCAAGUUUUUUCACAUAAGUAGGAUUUCAUCUAGAGGAAUUUCUAUAAUUUAGGUUUUCAUAUUAUAUGAUAUAGCUUUCUUUAUAUAAAUAUAACAAUUUAGCCAUGUACUAUUUUGUCUAUUCAAAUAUUUCCCUUUCAUAUAUACUUGCUACUGAGAUAUUUAUUUUUUUCGAUGCUAAGGAUUUUUUUUUUUAAUAACCAGGAAUGCUGGAGAUUGUAAGUUUUGCCCUUUUACAAAUGGGGAGGAACACCCCAUUGAAUAACUCGUAGAAUGUUGAUGAUGGUGGAAAUUGUGGCUUUGUUUUGUCAAAUUUGGGUGCCUGAUUCGGACCUAUGUUAUGCAAAGCCCAGAAUUUAAAUUUACAUGUGAUUGCUGUGUGGCGCAUUCCUUUUUGGGGAGGUCUGUUGAUGUUGCGAAGAUUAUCUUUAAACUAUAUGUUCGAUUCACUGAAUUUUUCAAAAUUGAUGCGCUUUUAGGUUAUUAGAACAUUGUCUGGUAUUUGAUAAUGUUUAAUUACGAGUGUUUUAAAUAGAAUAUGCAAAUAGUAGAAGCACUUGAAAAUGUCAUCCUUCAGCAUUUGUUUGAAAUAUUUUAGGAGAGCUUCGCUGUUGAGUCUUGAUGCGUAUUUGUAUCCUCUCCCUUUUUCUGUUGACUCGAUGGAAAAUUACAUAACAAGGCAGCCUACUUUCUACUCAA